AUGAUACAUGGUCCUUGCGGAUUUCAUAACCCUGCGUCACCAUGUAUGAAAGAAAACAUUUGUUCUAAAAAGUACCCUAGCAAUUUUAUUUCUGAAACACAAACCGGGGAUGAUGGUUACCCAACCUACAGGCGCAGGUCUCCAGAUAAUGGUGGAAACACAGCAAUAAUUCGUGUCAAGGGUACAGAAAUGAGCGUGGAUAAUAGGUGGGUUGUUCCCUAUAAUCCAGUUCUAUCACGAAUUUUCAAUGCACACAUUAACGUAGAGUUUUGUCAAUCGGUCAAAGCUAUUAAGUACAUCUGUAAGUAUAUUCAUAAAGGCUCUGACCAAGCCACAUUUUCGCUUCAAAGUAAUAACAAUGAAGUAGAAACAUAUCUAAAUGGUCGCUAUAUAAGUUCUUCGGAAGCGAUCUGGAGAAUUUUCCAAUUUCCUAUUCAUGAACGUUUUCCGGCAGUAGUUCAUUUAGCAGUUCAUUUGGAAAAUGGACAAAGAGUUUAUUUUGAUAAUAAUGCAAACCUUCAAGAUCGUGUUAAUAAUCCUUCAUCAACGACACUUACAGCGUUCUUUGACCUUUGCAAGAGGGACGAUUUUGCAAAAACCCUUUUAUAUCACGAAGUACCCCAGUAUUACGUAUGGGAAAGAAAUUCAUUUUCUAGAAGAAAACGUGGGCAAGAUGUUGAAGGAUAUCCCGGUGUAAAAAAAGACACAACUUUAGGCCGUGUCUACAACAUUCAUCCGACUCAAACUGAAUGUUUUUAUUUAAGAAUGUUACUGCAACAUGUUCGCGGUCCAAUGUCAUUUGAACAUCUAAGGACCGUGAAUGGUGUUAUUUGCCAAACUUAUCAAGGCGCUUGCAAGGAAUUAGGUUUACUGGAGGGAGAUGAACAUUGGCAGAAUACAAUGUCAGAUGCUGUAAUGUCCGAGCCAGCCACAAAAUUAAGAGAAUUAUUUACCAUCAUCCUUAUAUUUUGCCAACCAUCUGACCCUUUAGCAUUAUGGAAUAAAUUUCGUAAUGCUUUAUGUGAAGAUAUACUAAACAGAAUGCGUAAUGAGAAUCAAGAUAUGACAUUAGCAUAUAAUGAUGAUAUAUACAAUGAUGGACUAAUCAUGAUUGAAGAUAAAAUUCAUGAGAUUUGCGAUAAAUCACUAACUGAUUUUGGGCUUCCUGUAUCAAAAAGGAUUAAUUCACUUAAUCAUCUGGAUCCGUUAGAAGUAGCAUUGCGAAAACCAUAUGAUCUAAAUGAAUUGAAUGAUUAUAUUACUCAAAAUGAACCAAAAUUAGUUAAUGACCAGGUGACCGCGUAUUAUUGUGUUAUGCAAAGUGUUCGUCUUAGUGAAGGAAAAGUUUUUUUUUUGGAUGCUCCCGGUGGAACCGGCAAGACCUUUAUUACUAAUCUUAUAUUAGCAAAAGUAAGGUCUCAGGGAAUGCUAGCUUUGGCAGUAGCGUCGUCAGGUAUCGCUGCAACUUUAUUAGCAGGUGGACGCACAGCUCAUUCCACUUUUAAACUGCCCCUAACUGUUUCUUUACAAAAAGAUAGCGUGUGCUCUAUACGUAAAAAUGGCCCUUUGGGAAAAGUUUUACAAGAUAUCAGUUUAAUGAUCUGGGACGAAUGUACCAUGAUCCAUAGAGCUCAUGUAGAGGCUCUAGAUAGGACUCUUAGAGAUAUUAGAAGCUGUGAUAAAAUCAUGGGUGGGAUUACUGUCAUGUUUGCUGGGGACUUUCGACAAACUUUACCAGUAAUAGUAAGAGGAACUAGAGCAGACAUUGUAAAGUCUUGCCUUAAAAGUUCCCCAUUAUGGAAGUUUGUAAACAUCCUAAAAUUAACUACAAAUAUGAGAGCACAUUUGGGUGGAGGUAAUAUAAUUUUUCCUUCAAAGUUACUUUUAAUAGGAGACGGGAAAGUACCUCAUUUUGAAAAUAGAAUUGAAAUUGAUCGUGAUUUAGGAGAAAGAGUGAGUAACAUUGAGGACUUAAUUUCGAAAGUUUACCCCGACAUCAGCGAAAUAGAAAAUAAAGAUCAUCAAUGGAUGUGUCAAAGGGCAAUAUUGGCGGCGAGAAACAGUAGCGUAGACGAAAUUAAUGAUUUAAUUUUAAGUAAACUUCCAGGAGACAUAGUUACCUACACAUCUAUUGAUAAUGUAAUGGAUCAGGAAGAUGCGGUCCAUUACCCACAGGAGUUUCUUAAUUCUUUGAACCCCAGUGGUCUUCCCCCAUAUUCCCUCAAGUUAAAAAUAGGUGCCCCAAUAAUUUUACUCAGAAAUCUUAAACCACCAAAUUUAUGUAACGGGACCCGACUUCAAAUCAAAUUUCUUCGCAAUAACGUGAUCGUUGCUAUAGUUUUGACUGGUCCAGCAGUUGGUCAAACAGUGCUUAUACCUCGCAUCCCAAUGAUACCAAAUGAUUUACCUUUUAAUUUUAAAAGAAUUCAAUUUCCCAUCAUUGACGCUGAACAGGAAUAUGUCAGCAUGUCACUCAAGGUCACUCAAGGUCUGUAA